CCUGUCACAUGUCACAACAAACCAAACAGCGGUAGAUUUGGUCCAGCGAUGGAACUUCAGACACUCUUUAAUUAAACAGAUUUCCUGUAUAAAAUCUAUGUCUGUAUUUACAGACUUUAGUCAACCAGUUUCCGAGCACGUAGACCCAGUUUGCCGUUUGUAACAAUAGCAUAAAUUACUUUUAUUUGCGCCAUACUGCACUGGUGUUAAACCCACCAGUAGAUGCCCAUUAUUUGUCAGUGAUGGCUGGAAAGAAUCGAUUCUCUGUGUCUGACAGGUUUGAGUACCUGCAGGGACUGGUCACAGAGUUUCAGGAUACUGACAGUGUGGAGGCUAAAGAACAAGUGCUUGCAAACUUGGCCAACUUUGCCUACGAUCCAUCCAACAUGGAAGCCCUGCAAACUCUCCAGGUCACCGAACUCUUCCUGGACAUGCUGACAGAAGAAAAUGAGAACUUUGUGGAGUUUGGGAUUGGUGGUCUGUGUAACAUGAGUAUGGAACGGGAGUCCCGUGAUCAGAUCCUGCAAAGCGGUGGAGUCCCGUUAGUGAUUGCUUGCUUAUCAAGUAACAGAGAUGAGACGGUUCUUUCUGCCAUCACGACAUUAAUGAACCUCACCACAGCUUCCUCACGUUCUGAGACCACAGACAGUGCAGUGGUGCAGUGUAUGCUGCGUUUCUCUCUCACACAGAACCCACGCCUCAGGAACCUGACUUCUGUCUUCCUGCAGGACUACUGCACGCAGGAACAAGUGGACAAAGCUCGAGAGGCAAUGCAGGGACAGAGCCAAUCAGCUGUGGGCAUUCCACUUCCAAAGGACUAAAGAUUUUUUAAAUCCAAUUGUUCCUUGAAUAUAUAAAUAUUUAAAUUAUAUGAGUUAUAAAGGGUUCUUGUGGAGUCUGUUGUUUGACGUUAUUAGGUAAAUGAGUUACUAUGGAAAAAUACUACAUAUACAGAGGUAUUUCUGUAGUAUACAGUAUUUUUAGACUCCAUAAUGUCAAGAAGAUAUGAAAAUGCUGCCUGUGUGAGAUGGUUUCAUCCAGUGGCGGAGCUAGGGGGUGGCCAGGGGUGGCCGUGGUCCCAGGUGUUACUAUAUCUCCCUUUUUUGCUAGUUUAAUUAAGUUCAGCUAGCCAUCAAUAAAAGUGUUUUUUUUUUUUUUUUUUUUUACAUGAAAUGCAUGGUUUCUAUAUAAAUCUAUUAUAUUUCUAUAUAUUAUAUUUUAUAUUUUACUUAUUUUAAUCUGUUCCUGGCACAGUAAAUACUGAUUGACGUAAGUUUAAUUUUUUUUGCGUUUUCCUGUUUCUAUUGUGUAGUGCAAAUGCAAACAAACAGCAACAAAAUCUGACAUGAACUGUAACAUAAAUGUUGUCUCUCUCUGACGCUCAAAUUGCGUUAAAAAAAAUUAUAGUUCAGGUUUCUCCAGCCAAUGCGCAUGUGUGCAGUGAGUCAACCAGAGCUU